CAAAUAGGCAAGUGAUUCUAAGAUUUUAUUGUGCUUACUAGUAUAAUUAUGAUAAUAUCUUUACUUACAAAAAACUGUAUUGAGGUUAGUCAAUGAGAUGACCUAUAUACUUUUUUGAACUAAAGAUGGGUUUCAGAAAAUUCGACUGAUCAUUCGAAAACUCAUAAGAUUAAUUGCAAAAUUCAUUCAGUUAAGUGGAUAAUGAUUUAAGAUAUCUUACAAGCACAUCUAAACUAUCUCACACGAUUGGUGUCGUUUACAAUGUCGGAAGCUGCUGCAACAAAAGAAUAACUGGAUGAGAAUUGAAUUGUAGAAUAUAUUGCAGUUGAUCUGCUCUCUACAAACACUAUUUUAUGAUCAAUAAUGAAAUUUAUGUUUAUAUCUGAUACUUGUAAACACAGAAUA